AGAGGCUAGUUUUCCAUUCCAUCCAUUCAUAGCGCAACCGCUCAUAGCGUGCAUAGGCGAGAUAGGGAUCAGCGAGAGAGAGAGACAGAGAGAGGGUUGGAUUAGGGCACUGACAGCCACCUCAGUCAAACAGUUGAGAGACACACGGUCACAACCUGCUGAGGGGGCAAAACUAACGGGACCGGAAAGUCUAAAUCCAAUCCAGAUCACCUCUUAACCGGUUAGGGAGAGGGGACCACAGACCACCUCGAGACCCCGCACUGAUUGAAAAGAGGGCAGAGUUGGAGAGUAAAACAAUCAGUUUAGAAAAAUAAUUCAAAUUGAUCUAUCCAGCCACCCUGUACUCUGAACCAUGGAGCGCCAAAUCCCUGACUUCGCUGGUACCUGGAAGAUGAAGAGCUCAGAGAACUUCGAGGAGCUUCUCAAAGCGCUGGGUGUGAACGUGAUGCUGCGUAAGAUAGCGGUGGCAGCAGCCUCCAAGCCGUCGGUGGAGAUCACCCAGGAGGGAGAGACUCUGUCCAUACGAACCUUCACCUCCGUCAGAACCACCCACGUCACCUUCACCGUGGGAGAGUCCUUCAACGAGGCCACGGUCGAUGGACGCCCCUGCACGAGUCUUCCAAAGUGGGAGACAGACAGUAAGAUCAGCUGUGUGCAGACUCUGCAGAAAGGGGAGGGACCUAAGACCGCCUGGACCCGAGAGAUAACCAAUGACGGCGAGCUCAUCCUGACCAUGAGUGCGGACGAUGUGGUGUGCACCAGAGUCUACGUACGAGAGUGAAAGAGAAGACAACUCUUCAUCCUUCCAUCUCUCUCACCACUCACUCACUCACUCACUCCGCAAACCCCCAGCCAGAAUGGGCAGGGUGAAAUCAGCUUGUAGAAUCUAGUUUAACUCCAGUAUAUCUGUCACAAAGCCAUGGGAUUGAACCCAGUCUAGUUGACCUAUAUCUUUUAAAGUCAGUCUUGCCAAUGUUCUGUCCACUUACUCAGUGAGGUCGUAAACCUGAAAUUGUGUCUUUUUCUGAGUCUUUGUACGUGCAAGGUUAUUGAUCCAUGUGUGUGUGUGUGUGUGUGUGUGUAUGUGUGUGUGUGUGUGUAUGUGUGUGUGUGUACGUGCUUGUCAGUGGAGUAGGUCUAAGUGUGUGUAUCAGUGUCUUGACUAUAUUUGUAGUUGUGUAAACCUAUCUAUGAGCUCUUCCAGUUAUAAGGUCAGUUACUUUGUGUCCGUUCUCUCUCUCCUUCUCUCUUCCCGCUUAUCUCUAAGUCGAUAAAGUUGUAUAUUUAUUACACUAGAUCUGAUACCGUGUUGCUAUGGUUUUUACUUUGUCUCUUUUAUAUCAAAUCUGAUCAUAGGAAAUUAUGCUUUCUACGGGAAGACAAUAAAACACCAUGUUGACUCCA